CUACUCGCGACGUGAGCCUCGAUGCAUCAUUGCUGCUCCCCCCGAGGAACAUUUAUUCGGUGUUGCUGGUAGUACGCCAUUGCUGACAGUCCACAGGCUCCUCGGGGUACACGUAGUAGCCGUGGGGGGUUGCCCGUAGUAAAGCAAAACCAAACGUAGGGGGGGCAGUGGACUUGCCCCGCGUAGUAAAAACUGAUAAGGACGUGUAAUAUCGAAUAUACGUAAGCGAGGUUGGCGUGUUUAUAAGUCCUGGCGAGAAGGAUAACGCGCUGCAGUCUUGUGAAGGUUUGAAAGGCGCGGCAAUAGGCUUGACUGGAAAAAUUGGUCUGUUUACGGUGCCGGACUAUAAGGUGUGGUUCUAUGGGAUAGGAAUUUCGAAGAGGGAAACGAGACUCUGAAUUGUUUUAUUUUUUUCCUGCGUUGUUUACGUGGAUUGUAUCCGUUGGGCGAGUAAACAGGAAGAUUCUGGACUGUAUUCGUAAGCGAUACGUUUGCACGGUUGAUACGUUCAAGCUGGACGACGGAAGAGGAAGACACAAAAGGGUCAGAAUGGCUGAUGAGACUUUGCAGAAUUCUCACGGGAGCAAAGAGAGCGACGGUUUGAACGCGACGGCAAUAAUAGCUAAGAUAGUUGAAGUGGUCUUAGCUGUCUUUGCCGUGGGACUGAUCGUGGAUCCUUUGAAUUCCUUUCAACGGAUACACUACACACCGAGGCUUAAGGUCGACGACAUAGCUAUCAUCUAUAUCAGCCUUGCUGGAUAUAUUAUCAUCAAUAUGCUGUUCCUGAUCGGAUACCUCAUCGGCGAUCGCAUACCUAAGAAAACGUCGAUCCUCUUCUCGGCGGUGGGCGCGGUCCUUCACGUCGUUGCUGGAAGCGUGAUCGUUCACAAUUGGCGACAUCUUAACGGCACAUACAUUUCGAUCAGCAGCAACGCCAUCAUCGCCAGUAAACAAUACUUGGAUAUGUUGAUAUCGGCGUCGUUCUUUGCGUUUCUCAACGCUAUUGUGUUUGUCAUCGAUAUAUUCUUGACGUUUAAAUUUGAGUAGGUUUUUUUUUUUGGAAAAAAAUUAAUAUAAAACAUAAAGGCGCGUUCACGCGGCAAUUUAUUAGAGGCACGAAUGGUGGACAUGAAGGCGAGACGCAGCUGCAUGAGAUCGAUCGUAGCUUCCAGGUUUAAUUUUGAGUUAUGACAGUUAAAAAAAAAACAAAGACCAAAAAUCGCAGUCGACACUUGACAG